AGGUACACGCUUAGGGUUUGAAGCGCAACUUGUCGGUUAACGCGACGAGUUAACUGAACGAGCAGCACGACGGAGAGGACGACGGUGACGGCGACAGCGACGACGGCGGUUAUUCUCCUCCGUUCGGCGGCGCUGUCACCCCCAAAAAUGUCAGAGCUUCGUAUCGAUUGUUUCAAACAAACUCCUUCGAAACAUUAAGACGCCUACACAAAGAAACAAAGCAGAAUACUCGGACAAAAUGUCAAUGACGGGAAGCUUGAUGGGUUACGAGAACAAUAACGAGGUAAAUCAAGCAAAGUGUAAGAAGCCAUUGAAACCGCUUCCGAUAGUGUCCAGCAUAAAUUCAAGCGGUAUCACGACCACCAACAAAACGAAAAAGCCACGAAGGUCUGCUAGACGAAACUCUUGUAUACGGGGUCACGUGAAUAGUUUGUGGUCCGUCUGGUACGGCGUUUUGGCGGUCGCUUUUCAAGCUUACAUCGGCCUGAGAUACGCGAAAAGGUUCGCCGCGUAUUUAUCGUUACCUUGGCCGGCGGACGCUCCACCACCAAAGGUGGAGUUGUACGCGUGUCUGGUGCUAGCCGGGGCUGGGGUCGUUCUGCUGCCGGUUCUUCUUGGCGCGGCCUUCCUGAAGCUCGGUAACCUGGCGAACGAUGGGAUAAAACUCGGCCGUCAUUUGAGCGCCUGUUCGCGCGACCCGCCCUCCUCCUUGCUCACCAACAAUCCUGAUCACAGUCUGGCGAAUAAUUUAUGGCGACACGGAGGUCCAACCGCUGCUUUCGUACACCUUUGCACGGCAAUGUGCUUCUUGCUGCCCUCGCUGCUCAUGGAGGCUAGACUGAUACACGCUGGAUUCUUGCCAAAAGAAACAAUAUGGCGCACGGACCUCGAUUGGCUGGUGACUCACCGGGAUCGUCUGGUCGUGUCGAGCUUCAUGAACCCGAACGUGAAUCUCAGCAUCUUAACGGGCUUCAUCACGCCCCAGCCGUACGUCACCCUGACACCGGACGAGGAGCCAGACAAUAUAGCCAGCGACAUUGUCACCACGAGAUUGGAACUGACCGACGUUAUCAAUAAAUCCACGGAGUUCAAAACGUACAACAAUACGAGCAACAAGCAAAAUCUCGGUCAGUUUCAGUACACGUCGACGAGUACCAAUCUACCCGCGCCCGAUGCAAGAAUUUCGAGCAGUGGCACUGCGUUACCGACCGAGAGGACCCUCCCGACGGCGACCACCCACGAAAUCACGAACAACGCGACCAAGACACCGUCCAACGCCGAUGGGAGUUGGAAAGUGACGUCGACAGCCUCGUCGGUGGCGACGCCGGCAAUUGCGAGCGCGAAUUUGGCAGGAACGACUGCGGAAAUGGUGACAACGACGACGACGACGACAACGACGAGGGACGUGAAAGAGCAGACGAGAUCGACGGAAGCAGCUAGGGCCACGGUCACAGCCGCAAGCGCUGAUCGAGAAAGUACGACUUUCACGCCGACGUUGUCCUCGACGUCUGGCUCGAUGAAGUACGGAAACACGGUGAGGAGGCUCGUCGCUGCGAAGUCGAUCGUUCGAAAUAACAAUUCGAAGAGCAAGUUGAAAGCGAAGAACGUGGGGAGGUCUCCGACCACUGUCAGGCCCAGCAAGGGUGUCUCCGUUGGGAACAUGACCGCGCAGAGUAUGCUGUUGACGAUGAACAGCUUGGCCGAUUUGGAUCAUCCGGAGAAGUUGAACCUUGAGUUUCAAGCUGCUGAAUCAUACGGACCUAUUACUCUGGAGUACUUGAAUUACGCUAUCGCUCUCGGAGUGUAUUCCGUGAGGUAUCCGGCGGUGUUUUGGUCGUGCAAUAAACCGCUGGCCACGAUUUUCAGCUUCCAAUUGAUCAUCAAUUCCGCCCAGAGCUUGUUGGCCUAUGUUGGAAUGUCUGUACUUUACAAGGUUCAGGUAAUAGGACCUUUGAAGGUGCUACCGGUUCUUCGACAACACUAUCGCACGAUAUCGACCACUAGUGGCAUAUCAACCAUCUUCGGAGACUCGUACUUCUUGCUAAAUCCACACGUCACCCUCGUCUUGUUUGCUCUUUCCUCUCUUCUGGUGCUCUGCUCCAGCAUGGUGAUGUAUUUCUACGCUUACGGCAGGUUCACAGCGUUUUUGAACCAAGAGCGCGAGCGUCGUAUAAUCCUCUCGAAGGAGAACAGAAGCGGCAACGGCUGGAUAUAUUUCAUUCACUGCACCGCGUUCUGCGUGUUCUUGGCGAUCGCGAUCUGCAGCGCGCCAUUGCUCUACGACUACAUCGUCGUCUAUCGUGGCAGUCUCGAUGGUGCGAUAUUAGCCUGCGUCGUCGCAACGGUUCUUCACCUGUUCCUCUGGUUGUUCUUGUGGAUCUUUCUCACGAUAAAACAACGCUGGACGUUCAAGCUACGAGUGACGAUCGGCCGAGCGACGGUUCGAUCGGCCAGAUCGGUGAAACUCGUCACGGACGUGGAUCUACUGUCGGCCAGAGACGACGACGACGGAACGAAUGCACCGCUGCUGGUCGUUGGAAACGGUAGAACUUACACGAUAGCUGACGCUUCGCCGAAGAAGGCCAUCAUGAGCGUCAUACAGAAGGCGGCCAUCGAAAGAAAAGCGCGCAAUCAAGGGAACGCUGACUCGGUGAACGGUGACUCAGCGGCCGACGACGAGCAGAUCUAUUGGCUAAGACCGAAAUUACGGCCGUCGCCGACGAGAUCGCCGAGCGAUGCGAACAGUGCACCAACGAGCGAGAAGGGCUGGCUGAACAAGAAGCUGAAGCCCAAGGUCACCUUCAACGACCUGCCUAGUACGUCAGGCUCGCGUAAUAAAGGAAAAGUCAGACGAGGCACCGGCGACGGGGGCCCUGAGGAUGACGGAGAUUACGCCACGCUACGAGAACUACCGCUGAUCACGUCUCUCGAUCCUGCGGACGACUCAACGUCCGAAGAGAACAAGUGGGAGAGGUGGCUGAUAUCUCGUAGAGACGUUAUACCUAAAUUUGGAAACCUGCUCGAGUGCGUGAACGACGACCAAGUGACAUACUACGCGAGCGCAAAUCGCGAUCUGCAACCUUCGGAGGGCGACCCCUCGCCCCUAUUGACUCCAGACCCCUUGCCCGAUCCCACUUCGGAAUCACUUCCACUGCCACCUCCGACUCCGACUCCGACUCCAACUUGUGCACCGACUACCGAAGUUAUCACGGCGUUACUAACCACUAACACCCAGGCGAACGGAGGUCAAACUCCACGAUGCCUGCGCCGAGGAGAUUCGGGGAUGCCGCACGAAGAACUAACGCCUCGUUCAGACUCCUCCAACUCGCCGCCGUUGGACGCUGUAGUUGGCGGCAGCAGCGGGGCAGGAUCGGUAACGGGUCACAGCAACGCGAGCAGUCAUAGCGAGACGUCGUCGAGCGGCGUGCACAGUAACGCGAGCAACGCGAGCAACAGCAGUUGUCAACGACGUGCGACCAGCGUCGACGACGUGAGCGGCAACUGCGACCAACGAGACAGCGAGGAACCAAUGCGCGACCAAUGGCGAAGCUGUUCCCUGCAACGAGGCGUUCAACCACCUUCCGCGACAGCGGCCUUCUCGCCGCCGAACAGUCGCCCUGGCACCAGUCAAUCAUUCUCCUCGCCUCAAUACGCCAACCACGUACCUCUGUUCGCCAACAUCAACGCAAACGCGCCGACAAACGUAAACGCAACGACGAACGCAAACGCCGGCGCGAACAACAGCGUUAAUGGCAGCAACGAUGUCACUACUGUCACGGGACAAGGCUGUCCAGCUGUCAUCCUGGAGAAUCCGAACGAGGCGACCGUGGUGAUCCGGCGGAAACUGUCGAGGACGAAGCUCACGGAACCUCUGAAUCCCAACGAGGAACCGUUCGGUCGUUCGACGAACAUGAGGAUGACGUCGUUCACGGAGAGCAACGACAUCCGCGUUCACGCGUCCUCGGCCACUCUGCCGCAUUACCCGACCCAGCCGGUCGUCACUUAUCCGCACUGCUCCACCAUGCCUCUGCCUCACGCGUCUCACAGCAUGGCUGGCUCGCACAUGGGCGGUUCCAGCGGUAGCUGCGGAUCGGUGCCGAGGCAUGCUUUCGUUCCUCCUCAAGUGCACUCGACUGUACCGGCGCACACCACCCUGCCGUCUCAUCACAACGGCGUGAGACUCCUUCACGGCAUCGCACCGGCGCCCAACAACCCGUUCGUCAAGAGGUUCCCACCUGUUCAACUUCACACGCAACCGUGGGCGCUGCCCGGUCACCACACCUUUCCACAAGCGUCGCAGGUCAACGGGAAACUGACCACCACCGCGCAGAUCAGGCAGAGCGAUCGGGAUUCUGCUAACUUCUCCAUGGCAAGUAGCGGUGACUCCGACACGUGUCUGCCGCAUUAGAACGAAUGCCACAAUCCCCAGAGUGAUCCAGAGUGAUUGCAGCCUCUUCGAUCUCGCUCUCCGCGCCGAGCAAAACCGCGUCUUGGUAAACACACACGCCGGUCGUCGCGACGCCGUGCGGACUCUUCGUGGAUCACUGAGAUCCUCGUCUCUCGAGGCGUGCUCUUUUGGAAGAGAAUUGGUCGUUCGGGACCGUGUUCUCGUUGGUCGAGGCUCGCGGAGGAGGAUCAUCAUGGAUUUUUCGCACCGACGUCGGGAUAAUGGCGUUACAUAUCAUACAGUUGGUUACUCGGAGCAUGCGACACGUACGGUUAUAUCGCAGUAGAGCUUCCCUUACACCUGAACCUUGUGCAUUGUGAGAACAGAGUGUCUGUUGGUAAGGAAAACAUAAUAUUGUUACCAACAGACGUUUUCUAUUCGAACGUUAUUCUUCUGCAACGAAAAUUUUGAUUACUUCGAGCGCUAUGUACUUAUAUCUGAGAUCUCGAAACGAUUAGAAAUGAUUUUAAAAUAAAAAUCAAUUGUAGUUGAUUAAUUAAAAAUUUAAUAGCUAAACAAGUGCGAAACAAACCACAUUCGACGUAAGAACGAAGCAUUAAGCAAACGAAAUAAAAUUGUUACGAUAUCAUGAAAGAUUAACGUAUUCAAAAAAAUAAGCUCUGCUAUAAGGGAGGCUUCACUGCGCAUUAUUUUCGAUACUGUAUGUUAUCGUCGAGAUAAUACUCUGUCCCGUUCUUCCAUAUCAAUUAUCUUUCCGUAUGCAUAUACCAAUAAGAAAUCAUACCUGUGGACAAAGAAUUUACGGUCUGCCCGUUUUCCAGCCGGUAAAUCGGCUCGUUCGAAUUUACACAGACGUAUUCGCAACACAGACAUAUCUUGCGAGAGCUACUCACUGAUAAUCACUCAUUGAUGAUAAUAAUAAUAACGUGUGAAAUUAGAGCGUAUGCUGACCGAAGUCAAGAAACUGUAGAAAUCACGAACAUCGCGAGGUAAAUCCUACUUACUUUUUCACGCAGCUUCGCGUGAUCGACUGAGUCUCGAUGGAGAUUUAUCGCGAAGGUAUAUUUCAAGUAACCUAGGAUCCCCGCUUGCGCCGCUUGAAUUAGAGAAACAGAUCCACAAACGAAGCAACGAUCAACCUCGGAAGGUUCGCACGAAUUUAGUUUGUUCAACGAAAAUUACGAGAACGCAAAGCUUGCAAAAUUUUAAUUAAAAAAAAAAAAGCUACCAUCGUCGAAACCAUAUUUGAAAGAAGAAAAAAAAAAAGACACGAUACAAAAGUAUGAUCUCACGCGACCGAUAAUGAUAACGAGACACGCGUCGAUUAACGCGACCAGUGUGAGGACUUUUAAACGCGUACGACUACUGCCAUUAUGAUAAAUAUAAUCGGAAAGGAUCUCUGAAUCUUCGUUACGUGAAUAUGCGAAUUGAUUUCAUUCGACUGCCAUGUUACUUCGUCCUGUUCAACGCUUGCGCUACGGCAAUUCUCUUCUAUUCUUCGCGAUUUUGAAAUAUCGCGGGACCGAUCGAUAGGGGAACGAUCUCGCGAGAAGAGAGACACGUCCGAUUUCCCGUGUUAAUGUGAAACUUAUUAUCGAGACGACGACGAGUGAACGACGUAAUGCAGAUAGUUGGACGAAUUCGAAUUUCGAGACAUUGAACGAUGGCUUAUUGUAGAUUAGGCCAACCCUUUCACAGUGUGUCUGCGAAUAUCAAAGAUGGAGGAAUGUUUUUGCAUUCAACGAAUUUCAAAUGCUCGCGCGAGAGUUUGAACGCCAAACUUAUAAAAAGGAUCGUAGAAAGAAACUCUGUUAUGCGCUGUUAUUUAUUUUUCUCGUGUAAGAAUUCGAACGUUCGUUAUUUAUAUGUAAAAAAAAUUCACAACGAAGAUUCUUAAAAAACUUAGCAACGAUAAGUUUAAGUUGCAGGUGCUAAGAGUUCAAAUAUUUAUAAUUCAAGAGGAAGUUGGCAGAUUAAAUUUGCGAAAAGGAUCCUGAAAAAUUUGCCGAGAGUAAGAUAAUUUUGCCAAAGUCGGAAAUAUUGUAAAUCGAGAGAUAAUUAUUUCUGCUAUCACUGUCAAAGGGUUGAAGAGAAAUCGCGCGCGAUUGUAAUUAAUUCAAGCAUUCUAUCGUUGAUCCAACAACUCACGGAGAGACAUCGACGAUAUUUCUGUAUCUCUUAUAAUAUCGACUAACUAAAAUUACCAAGUACCAAGUAUCUCACAACAUUUCGAUGAAAACCACCGACGCUUUUUUCGGAACAGCAUAGAGAACGAUCGAGAUAAUAAUAGCGUAAUGUAACGUAUAUUACUCAGUGCUUUUACCUAUUACCAUAAACGACAAAUAACUAUGAUACUCAGAAACUUACAUACAAGGUACACGUACAGUGGUGAGCAUGACAGAACCAUUGGCCACAGAUCUCGUAUAAAUUCAUCUCCAUUACCGUUAAUAUAUUAAGAGAACGAAAGUCUACAAAUAUCAAACGUCCAAUUAUACAUGUUCAAGCAUCAUGACUUAUUGCACUUUUAUAAUUUACAUUUUAAUAAAACUUUACAGUUUGAUAUCCAACGAGGAGUAUGUAAUAAAUUCAGGAUCCAAUCAUAAUUCUUCUAAAUAUAUACCUAUCGAUGUAUUUGAUGUUUCAAUAUGUUAUAUAAUAAGCUCUGACAAGCGAACUGAUCUCGGAUUAUCUGUACGAUACUCUAAACGCUCGAAAGGUCAACGAACGUCCGUAAAUCUUAUGCUUUUUGCUUUAAGAAUCUCCACGGAUGAGAAAUACUUGAAAAAAAAAAUUCUGUAUAUUUAUUGUCGGUUUUGGCUUGAUAUUAACAGCAAUGAACAACUAUUUGCACGAAAUCUACGAGUUAUUGGUUCAGUCGUGCUCCUCGCUGUAAGUCCAAUACGUUUUAAGCGAAGUCUUUUGGAGAUUGUUGUUGACGCAAAUUCGGCAAAACGAACGGUAUUUUUCGAUUUAGCAUCGAUCUUUACAACCGAACGCACGGAUAGUGAUAAAACUAGUGGCAAAAACGAGAGGUGUGGUACUAAGAGCGUGCCUUGCUUGUCGACGAAGCAUACGUAUUGUAGGAUGCGCAAGCUUUCUUCGUUCUUUCCACUUGUUCCAUUAGAGAGCAGUUUCCUUUUGGAAAGUAAACGCGCAGCGUAGUGAAACAAGUUCCGUGAAAUUAGCUUUCUGCCCUCCUUCUAAAAUGAUACGCUCUAGAAGAAAGAUUGUUAUUUUGAAGUACAUUUUCCGGUCGAUUUUUUGAACGAUUUCGAGUUGAAACAAGUGUCAGAAGAUGUGUGUAGAAUUUCUCGUAAAUGUUCGAACCGAUGAAAACUUCACUUUUAUUAUUUGCUCGAUGCAAAAGUGUCCGCGUUAAUUUAUUUCGAAUGAAACGUAAUCGAGUUCGAUGAAAUUGAUUAAUUAUUGUAACAAAGUUUGUCAUGGUAAAAUUUUGUUAAACUUUAUUACGAUAUACAGUUUGCUGUAAGAGUCGUAAGUUUGGUAUUAUAUAAUUUCAUUUCGUAUUUCACAUUUGUUGGCAAUUAAAUUCUAAAAUUAUUACAAGUAACGUAACGUUAAAUUAUUAUUACUUGUCAAUUAAAGGUUAAAUCAGUGAACGUUUUAAAUUACAGCUCUUUAUCGUUCGAAUAAUUACGAGCAAUGGCAUUACGUCUAUCUUUCGUGAAGAGUACCUACGAACAUCGAAUCAACCAAAUAUAUGUAUAUUUUAUAUCUGUCUGAAUUGUAACGUGUGUCUACGUUUCACGCACAUAUCGAAAAUCGAAAAUCUUCUAAUCCAUAAGAAUUUCGAACGAGCCUCUCAGAAGCCAGUCAAGAAAUAAAUUACCUACUCUUAUAACUUCAUUUUUCAUAAUAAAAGAGAGAGGAAGGACUUUUAUAACAAAAAUAUUUGGGAAUAAGUAUCGUCGUAUUAACCAAUAGAUUUCAUUUACUUAUUUUUUAUAUUAUUCUACGUUUGAACAUUAGAACCAUCGAUUGCUAAAAUAUAAAGUUUGUAUUAAAGAAAUGAAAGUAAAAAAAAAAAAAAAAAAAACAGAAGAAGGUUUAUAAUGCAAUAAAAAAUAUAAUAUUGACAAAAAAAAUAGUCGUUCAAUUGUAAAUUUGUAAAAAUUAUGAAAGUAACUGAAAUCACGAGAAUUUAGAACCGAGAGGUCAUAUCACCACCUUUGCAAAUUUCAAAAUUUACGGCAUCGAGGCUUUUAUAUAUUUUCCUCAAUUUGCACAAAGUCGAUACAGCUUCUGAAGGGCUCGAAUACUCUUUGAGAACAUUUCGCCCGACAACACACGUCAUAUCACGACUGUACUUUCACCACCAUACUUGACUUCACAACCAUACUUGUUGCACCACUCUCGACUCGUUAUCGUAGCACAAACCAAUCUGUCUACUCUCAUUCUGAACCACAAACACAGCCGAUCGCUUUCGUAAAACCUUCUCUUUCGUGAAUCGAGACGAAAGACGAUUCUGAUAGGCGACAACGUUUUUUAUCAUAUCGCGAACGUUUGAUGGAUCACGAUAAUGGAGCGUACGUUAUAAACAUAAUUGAAUAAUUUUUCUAUUACGGAUACAAAAUGAAAAGAAAAAACGAAGAUCAACGGAGGAGAAAAUACCACCUACUCAUAGAUAUUUUCUUACUCUUUCCACACGAACGUGUUACGACUUCCGUACGUAGGGAGUAGAAACGGGAAUCUAACGUGUAGUCGCCGAGUAGAAGAAACCAGUAGUAGUCAGCCAGAUAUACCAGCCGAUGAGAUUGCUCGGAUUGUGCGUGCACGUGAUUGCGAGAUUCAACACUUGCGUGUAUAUUGUUGAUCAAAAGGAUACAGUGAAGUUACCGAUUAAAUUGAUUCGGAUACGUUAAACGUGUAUGUAUUAACUGACUGAUCGCAUCGACAUAGAGAAAACAUUUUAAACUGGAUCUAUUUGCACAUUGAUUGUAACUAAUUAAAUGAAUUUGGACGACUGAUUCGUUGAAUUGUCACGGUGGAAGUACCUUAAAUUUCUGAACUUCCUUGCAUAAUUAAUAAUUAAUUAUAACCGACGUAUAACUAAAUGGAUUUGGGCACACCAAUCGAUUGAUUGAACAUUUUAAAUUUCCUCAAAUUUACCAGCUAACGUGGUAUUGAUAAUAAUUAUUUUUGAUCAUGUAAAACAUCGCUCGUAAUAAUUAUGUUGUUAAUAAUAUUAUUAAUUUAACAAAUGACGAGACAGUGACGAUCCUAAUUGAUUUUAUUUAUUCGCAAACGCAAUUAGCAAAAGAGAAACUACUUCUAAAUUGACAUCGAAUGCUUCUGUCGAAAUCAUUUCUAAAUUCUCUCCCUUCAUUUCGAUCAAAAUGAUUGAAAACUUCGCUGUAUACUUGUUACCAAGACUGGCAACGAUCCGCGUGCAAGCGUGCAUGUCUAUUCGAGGCUCGAAAUCCUUGGUUGUCUGGUCGGACGUUAGGCAGAAAAUUCCUCUAAUUUUUAUACCUCGAUAGGAUCGAAUAGACGAAACCGUUUUUUGCGAGUAAAUGAGAAAGAUAUCAAUCUAUUCUUCUAGGAUCAACGAAACGUCGAAAUGAUUGCAGUCAAAGCUUUAUGGUAUCGUACGGAACAUUUAACAAAAACGAUCCAACACGAUCCAACGCGGUAAUCUUCUUUUUCGAAAUGCAAACGCAAAGUGGAGAGGAAUCUCGACGACGAUCGAUUUAAGAAAAAAAGAAAAAAGAAAAGACGAUAAAGCUUUUACUGUAUUUGUAUAUUUUUUCAAGCGAAUUUCAAUGCGCAUGGGUUACACGCAUUCUCUUGAACGCCAGUUAUCGACUUUUAUACGAAACCAUGCUUUCGUCUUGGUUCGUUCGAAGCGUCAACAAAAAAAAAAAAAAAAAAAAAAAAAAAAGGGGCGUCAACAACGCGAUUUAUGAUAGAAUCUAGUUAGAUCGUUGCAGAUGAAAUGACCGAGAAUUCUUCUGAUCAAAUUUAACACAUUUCUUGGAAUGUGAUAAUUCAAAAUUUUUAGCUAUCGUAAAACGAAGCUAUAAUUAUUACAAUUGUUGAUUUCUUUCUCGAUCUAGUUUCUUGAGUAUUGUUUUAAAAUAGCUUUCAGGAAAUCAAAUUAAUAUUACGAUCAGUAUUGGAAUAAAAUUUAAAGUUUUCCAAAGAGUGCUCGAAUUUAAUAUUGAUUAUUUUAAUACGUGAUUCAAAUUGAUCACUGAUUGUCAUGGAUAAUUUUUAAACAUUGUCAUCAUGAAAUCUCUCGGACAUUUCACACGGCAACAACCUAAUCUAAAAGAGGAAGAGAGAACACGACGAUAGAGAUCGAGAUUGAAGCGAGCGAGCGUGUUUUCAAUCGUCGAUUACACCGGUGAAUCUUUUCGCAAAAAGAAAAAGGAAAACGCAAAAAGAAAAAAAAAUAACGCUUUGUUGCACCGAUCGUACAUAUCACGGUGAAAGGACCACGCGUUGGUGACGACGAGAACGUCCAGAAUCAUUCGACGCGCAAUUCAUUUUAUGGAUCACUGUAUUUUAGUAUCGAUACCGAUCGAUACUGUAUUGAAUAUCAUCUAAAGAUCUCUAACGAUGCUUUCAUGUACAUUUUAAGACAACAUAUUUUAACUCGUUAAGAACCAACAUUGAGGUAAACAUAUUCCAUUUGCAAUUUUUCUUUUUUCUUUUUUUUUCAUUCAACUUAACACCGAGGCGAACGAAAGGGAAUUUCAAAGAUCUCUGUUCAAUAUUUUUUCACCUAGAUUCUACGUUUCGUAAAAUUUGAAGCGACAAAGUUGUGAUAAAUGAUGGUCCUCAAUGGGGUUCUUAUUUUAAUACGUACCGAUAUUGAAUGUUUUAACGUCAAACUGAUCGGUAUCGAUCGACGAGAAGAAGGAAAUUUCUCAAAAUUAGUGUAUCUCUCUUCACAACUUUAUCUUUAAUAUCAAACUGAUCCAUUCUUAUGGAAACGAUCGGGCUCACGAUUGCAUCGUUCGUAUCGUUUGCCAAUCAACAUAUUCAUCUGCAAUAAAAAAAAAAGAAAGAAACCACGUACCAAGCUAACAACGAUGACAACUCGCGUUCCGUUUCAUUGAUCUCUAGAAUCGAUCACGAGUAUUCACGGAUACCGUCGUAUAUGUGUCGUUUCCAUCGUUGUUACGAGAGCAAACGCAGUCGAACGUACUUUCGGGGGAAUGGUACGAGAAUUCCGAUUUCACACGGAGAGUGAGACGCUGCUGUUUGCAGAAAUAUUUUUUUACCGUUUAGCGUCAGUUCACCGCCACCUUGUCUGUUCGUUUUAGAUUCCGGCUAGACCUCUCGAGCGCGGAAAAGGAAUCGAUUCCGCGUGACCACGUGCUACUUACACCACUGGCUGAAAAGUCUCAGGGCAUUUUUCUAUUUCGAAAUAUUUCAAUUGGAUAACGUGCAUUUCGUUGAGUUACGUCCGUAUCGAGUAUAAAAUUCGAUUUUAACUUGAAGAUACAAUUCAAAUUUCACUGCGAGUAAUUUCUUCAAAGUAGAUUCCAUAUCAUUCGAACAUAGAUUGUAGAUUCUCGAUAACGAUUAUUUUGCCUCGGUAUUCCAGAUUUGCGAAAGAAUAAUCAAUUUUAGAGCUUGGAAAGACUUGUCACUAUUCUGUUCAUAAACUUUUAAGAUAAAUUACGAAAAAAUCACUUGGACGGAACGACAAAUAUUGAUCUCAAAUUUUCAUGAAUCAUUUCGAGCCACUUUUUCCAAAUUUAAGUUCGUACGAAGAACACUUCGAUUACAGAUUCGAUAUAUCGUGAUAUAUUGUGAUAUAACAUUCGGAUUCGCAGUAAAUUAUUUACACCGAUAUUUUUUCGUACGAAUUGUUAUCUCGUAUUUCCAACUUUUGAACAGACGUUCAAUGUAGUGAAAAUAUUGCUCGUCCUGAGAUUUUUGAGCAGUGGUGUACAUCCGAAAGAACGCUAAAUAAUAAAGAAAACAAAAAAAAAAAAAAAAAGAACAUAAACGUAGUUUCGGGGCUAUUUCAGAGCUUUCUCGCGAGAAAUUGUAUCUCAAGCGCGCGUAACAGCAUAGAGUGCAGAAGCAGGGAGAAAGUAAACGAGAAGGGAAGAGAAAGAGAGAGAAAGUGAUAGGAAACUAGAGACAGGGGAAGAAAAAGGUUGCAUGCUCGUUCGCCCUCGAACAAAAAUCCCUUUCGGAGCUGUAAAUAAUUUAAGGACCGAAUCAAAUUUCGCGGGUGAGAACGAGAGAAAGGAGCGAGAAUGAAUGACGGAGGGGAAGGAUCAAUGCGAACGAGAAAGAGAAAUAGGGGGAAGAGAAGAAAACUUUAAAAAACGGAUAUGUACGAAUAAUUGUAUAAAGACUGAUUAGAGUUAUCUUGGUAUUUAUUCUAAUUCACAGUUAAACGCUAUCGCUUUGCGCGCUCUCGAAUACUCACGGAGCACGAUACCAAAGGUAUUCCCUGGCUCUCAAAUUCCCAUUUUUCUCUUCUUCUUUGACGUCUGAUCGGCGGUCGCUCGAUCGCGUUUCCCGUUUCGGCUCGUUCUUCCAUUUGGCAUUUCGCAAUUGCGAUUCAGUAUCAACUCACGAAACACUGCUCGCUCAAAUUUCGGUAGAUCAAGUAUUGUAACUCUUGCACGAUGAGACGGUGGUUCUGUUUUAGAAACACUUUCGGGACUCUCAACGAGGGAGGAGAAUAAAUUUAGCGAGAACAAGAAAUGGGAAAAUUGUCGUAUUAUUUUUUUUUUAAAAGAAUUCAGAAGACGCGAAAUUUUCAGAUUCAAUUUCAAUCAGGAUAUGGAGUGAUAGAGGAUGAUAGAGUUCUUUUAAAUUUCAAGACGUUGAAAUUUACGAUCUCCAAGUUAUUUGAAAUCGCGUUACGUUUCCCAAGUUGAGAAGAAUCCUUGUUCUGCCUUUUAAUUGUAUAUCUUCGAUAGUUUCUCUUAGGAUAUUCGAAACGAUUAAAGUAAAAGACAACUGUAGCAAGUUUGAGCGAGCACUGCUGAAGAACCCCAGCAACACAAUUAACUUCUCAAACUGGUUCAAUAUACACGCAUACGUUUUAUUUCACAUUUCUUUACAUCGCAUCACGCAUUUCGUUAAUUACAAAACGAACGAUUCGAAAUCCAUCAUUCUGACGAUUUUGAUAGUUACAGUUAUAAUUGAGGGAACGAUUCAAUUGAACUCAUUCAAAUUAAUUAUCGUUUCAAUGAUUGGUUUGUUGUUCGUGUAUAAAUGUCAUCUUGAGAGGUUAAUUGUUCGGUAGAGUGAUUGUACAGUUCUUGGGUUUCAUCCUUUUUCGAGUGAUAUUUCUUUCAAUGAAAUAUUAAUAAUGAUACGACGGCCUACGAAACACUCUCAUCGCGUAGACUGGAGAACGCGAAAUGCGAAAUGGAAAAAUGAGGAGGAAGAACAGAAAUAAUAGGGAACAAAAAUCAACGAUCGACAGUUAUCGUAUAUAUAUAUAUAUAUAUAUUUAUAUAUAUGUGUGUGUUCGAUGAUUUUUGUUUUGCGUCGUUAUGUAAGCGUUUUGAGGAAAGAUCGAUCGAAACGCGUGCGAACGGAGCAAAGAGAAAAAGAAAAAUGGUACGCGCGAUUAUAACAGCGACACUAUUAUCAUCACAUCGUAUCAAUAUUAUUCGAUGCAUCGUAUAAGCAAGUAAACUAGAUGUAAACUUUGUAUAUUCAUUUACCAAGAGAAUAAAGAUAAAUUAUUCGACGUACACAC